GAAAAUGUGAGCGUUAGUGCAAUUAUUCAGACUCUGAAUCUGUUAUCGAAUACGGCUAAAUCUCAGAAAGAUGACUGUGAAAAAUUGAAAAGAGAUUACAUUUCCUUUUACAACAUUUUGAAAAAUCUUAGAAUUGACGACUAUAAAAAUAGCGAAAUAGAUGAUAAAGAUGUUAAUAUGAGUAGAGAUUAUGUCUACGAUUUUGGUAAAUUCAUAAUUGAUGGCAUUUAUCAAAGUACGUCCGAUUCUGCUGAUCCACAAAUUUUGUUAGAUAAAAAUGAGGAUUCCAUGGGUUCGGGUUAUGCAAGCUUGAAUGAUGUUUCCCCGCAAUAUGGUGAAAUGAAAGUAGAAUCUCAUACUGCAUCCCAAAAAAUUUUUAAUUCUAGAGAUAAUAUGCACGCAACUUCUGUGAACUUUGCCGAUAUAGAACCAGUUCUUGUGUCAUCGCCAAUGAUCGCAGGCUAUGCUUUGACCUUAUAUGUUUGUAAAAAGAGAAAAACGUUUUUUAGACGGUGGAGUAUAUUAUUGAAUCGUUUUGGUAUGAAUAUUUACAGAUUUUUUACCCGAAAUGGUUACGAACAGAUCCCUACGGAAAACGAAAGAGCUAGUCUUGUGCAAUAUAUUGAAAGGAUUAGAGAUCGAUUUCCAGUG